CUUUCAAACUGGUAUACGAAUCCUAAUCAAAAUUUUCCGAGAAAAAAAAAAAAUACCCUUCGAAACAUUUUCCCGAGAAAAUGUGUCCUGAACCCUAAUUGGUGAUUCUGGGACGAUGACGUCGAUCCCUCGGCCUCGUCUCAAAUCGAAGCCGAAGCGAAACUCACUCUCCAAUUUUUAAUGGAACGAGACCGAGCCCAGUCUGCAGAGUCGACGAAGAGCGAUCUCGAAAACGUGAAGGUGAUCGAAUGGGAGGAAUUCGAGCAAGAGAUUGUGAGGUUAUGGAGUCUUUCUUCUGCUCUUAGCGAAGCUCAGGAGAAGAAGCAGAGUCUUCAGCGGAAGCUCGAGUCUCUUAUUGAGGUUGAAGCUGAGUCAUUGAGACGAUCAAAUGAGCUUGAGGAGAUGCAGCAGAAACUGGAAGCCAGAAAAAUGGUGAUGGGAAACAUGUCAAGGCAUUCUAUGCUUGCUGUGGAGAACAAAAAGAAAGAGGAGCAGCUUAGUAUAGAGCUUCGGUCACUAUUGAUUGCUGGGACGUCUCUAUCUGUUGCUAGGAAGCGGUUGGAGGAGUCCAAUCAACUACUUUCCAGAGACAAGGGGUAUGUUCAUCUUAAAAACUUACAAAAGAUGCUAAGAAGGCGACAACAACAUAUGAUAUCACAAGUUUCGUUGCUAUAUCCUGUAAAGUUCACUAUGGGUCCUGCACAAGAACAGGAACUUGAGUCAUUUCCAAACACUAGUAGAUCAGGUAAUUCUGCUCGAUUUAAGCCUGCAAAUCAAGGAACAUUGACAAUUUUAGGUCUCCAUUUGACAAUGCUGCCUUUUAAAAUGAUGAGUUUUUUCACUGACAAAAAGGAGGUUCAGAAGUCUGCAACAGCCCUGGGAUAUGUCGGUCAUGCUGUCUUACUUAUAGCUUCCUACUUAAAAGUUCCGUUGCGUUAUCCAUUGCGUUUGGGUGGUUCCCAUUCCUAUAUUAUUGAUCAUGGACCAUCCAUAGAGCCUACUUCAUCUGAUGUGUCGUCAUAUAUAGUGGUUUCAACGGAUGUGAAGCAUGUGGAGUUCCCUCUCUUUUUAGAUGGCCAAGACACAACGAGAGCUGCAUAUGCUGUAUUCUUAUUAAACAAGGAUUUAGAGCAGCUUUUGAAUUACAUUGGCGUUAAGAGCUUAGGGCCGCGCCAUGUCCUUGCCAAUUUGAAGGAGCUUGUAAGGACUAUUCAAUCUGUAGAUUAUAUAGAUACGUGAGAUCUCAAGUAACAGUUUUGGCUGUAAGUUUUUUUCUUUACUGUGUAAAUGAAGUACUUGUAUUCUUACCCUGGUGCAAGUUUUUAGUGGAGCACCCUUUAUUUAUACCAAUCCAGAUUUUAAUA